UUUGGUGAAUCAGUCGGUCGCCGCCGCCGUCGUCGUUUUUGGCAGAGCAUAUUAUUGGUGUGGAGCACACAAUGUCCUAACUCUCAUGGCAAUAUGAUGCGCAAGCUACUCGUCAUCUGCCUUCUGACGGUCUAUGCCCAAGGGGGUCAGAUUCCUGUGCCUCCCAUAUUUUCACCAUGCAACUUCCCAUCUCCGAUCACCGAACCUAGUUUUCACCGAUCGGUUUGCUACACAAUUCCUCGACUUCCGUUUGUGUGCGAUCUUCAUCACCAACUGGCUUACACAAAUGUUUAUGGAAUUGAAAAAGCUUAUAAUAAGUAUCGAUCACUCUUCACAAACGGCAAUACUUCAACACUUGCCGUCAUAAUCACAAAACAACUGGAGCAGCCUGCUUCUGCAAAUGAUGUCAUGAAAAAAACCGAGUACGCUUGUCUCUUUGAUAACGAAUGCGACCAGAUUGACGGGGACAUGGUGACUGGAAUUGUCGGAAAUGUGCGGAAGUUCCUACGGGUUUAUUCGUGGAAAGUAUAUGAGCGAUGGUUUGGUGUCGGAGAAUCUUGCACCAAGACAAAUUUGCUAGCGCUUGUUGUAAUCGAUGGAGUUGUGAAUGACGCCAGAAAAAUUCCAUACGUGAGAUUGCACACAGGCUCACAUCGUCUUCGAAUGUUACUUCCAAACAUACAAAGUGAAGUCAACAAUGCGUUGGUGCAAGGCUGGCCACUAGCAAAGGUUAUCGAGGAUCUGGUGGAUGAUGUGGGAUAUGCACUGAAAGAUUAUUACGAGCUGAACGGUGAACAGAGAGAUCAUUCCGUUCCAAUGUGGGCACGAAACCUAUUUCUGGUCUGCUUGGCACUUGUCAUCACUGCUCUUCUUGUCGAGUGGUACGUGGUGAGAAGGAAAAUCGGAGUGCAAAAAAGUGGAUCCAUUAAGAUUGCGUCAGGAAAGAGCAAAACACAUCUCAUGUUCUAAUGUUCGUAGUGUCAUAUCUGAAACUUUUGUACAUUUAUUUUUAUGUAAUUGUUUUCAAUCUCUCUCAUUCGGGUUUACGGUGAUUUUUUUUUUCAAAUUUUCACUGCUAGAGUCAACGAUCAAUAAUAGUUGACUGUUUAACUUGUAUUUCUUAUUUUUUUAAGGUUUAUUUUUUCAACAAAAUAAAGUGAAGAAUAUUUUCCAAAUU